AUGUCUACCGACUCGCCCGCGGCGCCAGCCUUCUACCCGCUCACCAAGGACGACCAUGCGGCCUUGGUGGUGGUGGCUUCCGUCGUCUUUCUCAUCUACGCCAUCCUGGGCACCAUAACCAAGCUGCUGAUCCGGCUCAACAUUACCUCCAUGAGGGACUACGACUAUACGUUGCUCGGUGGGCUCGUGGUCUACUUUGUCCAGACGGCUUGUGUCAUCGCGGCGUGCAAUAAAGGCCUCGGGAUGCACCGAGAUGAUAUUUCUUUGCAAGAUUUCGAACGCUACAGCAAGUUGAUGUAUACCUCUCGGAUCCUGGCCCUGUUCAUCAACGGCAGCACCAAGAUCUCGCUCUGCCUCCUGAUCAGGCAAAUCGACAGCCGAGGAAAGCUGAACCUUGCCAACAUGGUCCUCGCCGGCUUCGUCCUCGUCUGCGUCGUGACCGGCGUCUUCGCCACCGUGUUCCAAUGUCCACUGCCAUCGCCGUGGCUUGCAGAAAGCCACGCAGAGUGCCCCAACUAUGGCCCGAUUUACAUCUACAAUGGCGUGAUGGAUAUCGUCACGGAUCUCGCGCUGUGCGUGCUGCCGGUUGUCAUGAUGUGGCAUGUUCAGACCACGACGAGGAGGAAAGCUGUUGUCAUGGGCUUGUUUGGAACUCGAAUCAUUGUGCCGAUCGUAACUAUUCCAAGCCUCACAAACGCCCAAUACCUCUUCCAAGAUUAUUCCGACCCCACGUGGCUGGCGGUCCCGAGAACCAUUUGGUUUCAAACGUCUCUCGGUCUUUCUGUGCUCACCGUCUGCAUCCCCAGCCUCAAGGGUAUCAUUGACAGUCUGCUCGGCUCUACCGCCGUGGCGGCUAUCCAGGCCCCCUACGAGCUCAAGAGCAGCGACAAGCGCAGCGGCCUCGAGCUGACGGUCAUUAACGACGGCUCCAGGGGUGCCUCGCACAACAUCAGCGCCCGCAGCACUACGCUCAAGAUGAGCUCCAAGGGCAAGUCCCCUGAGCACUCAGCGUGGUACUCGGAUCGCGAGCCGACCACCAAGCACAGUGGAAGGGCGAGCCCGGGCGGCAGUGAGAGCGUGCGGAAGCUUACGGAGGGCGUCAUCGUGGUGCGAGACGAGUUUGAGGUUCACUACGAUGAUAGGAGAAUGUCUUCAUCGCGGGCCGGUUCGCAUGAGUCCUCAGAUGCCGGGUAUCGGAUGUAG